AUGCAGCCCUGCCUGCUCCUCACCCUGGCCCUGCUGGGCACGGCCUCCGCCAGCCACCCCGCCCCCCGACACCCCCAGGAGGUCCCCGCACGCGUGGCCGAGGAGGGCCACCGUUUUCGCUACACAGUGGUGACCCAGCACCUCACCUACGCGGGUGCCCAGCGGUACUGCCGGGAGGUGCUGAGGGGGCAGCUGCCCUCGGUGCACAGCGCCUCGCGCAACCAGGAGCUGGCGAACCUGGCACGCACCUAUACCUACCGCGCGCUCUGGAUCGGGGCCGUCACCAGCAGCAGGGCGCUGGGUGCUGAGGCGGCGCUGCGGCAGGGGGGGUCGCAGUGGGAGGACGGCAGCCCCUGGAACUACGCCAACUGGGCGCCCACCCAGCCCUGCCGCAUCUUCACCACCUGCACCACCCUCAGCACCUUCGACGGGCUCUGGAGAAGCAGCUUCUGCUUCCAACUGCACCCCUUCAUCUGCCAGUACUGA